UUAAUAUAUUUUGGACUCAAAUACCACAUGUCUUAAUUUAAUUCAUAAUUUUCCCACGUCAUCUGCAUGUGUAUUACAUGUACUUCAUUGUUGAGGCUGGUUGUGAAAAGAGCGUCUAAUAGAUAUAAUUUUUAUUUAAUUUAGAUGGUCAAUAGAAACAAUGUUUAGUUAAAGUGUUAAAAUAAAAUAUUCAGAUAAAUUCAAGGGGCUCUUUUAUUCAUGGCACAUGGCCUUGAAGUAGCCUUGGGGACCUGCCUAUAUAAAUAGAGGGCCACUUUCCCAGAAGGUGAAUAUUCCAUGGAAACAAAAGUUCUUUCGAGCGGAAUCCGUCACUCUACUCUCCCACCAAGUUAUAUCCGACCCGAAUCCGAUAGGCCACGCCUCUCUGAAGUGUCUGUUUGUGAAAAUGUUCCUGUAAUUGACUUGGCCUGUCCAGACAGAACUCAUCUAAUUCAUCAAAUUGGCGAAGCCUGUCGACUUUAUGGUUUUUUCCAGGUAAUUAAUCAUGGUGUACCACAGAAACUAGUAGAACAAAUGCUAGAGAUAGCUGGAGAGUUUUUCAGACUACCAGUGGAAGAAAAGUUAAAAUUGUACUCAGAUGACCCUGCAAAGACCAUGAGAUUAUCCACAAGUUUUAAUGUUAAAAAGGAGACGGUUCACAAUUGGAGAGAUUAUCUUAGACUUCACUGUUAUCCUCUGGAGAAAUAUGCUCCCGAAUGGCCUUCUAAUCCCUCCUCUUUCAGGGAAAUAGUGAGCAGAUAUUGCAUGGAAGUUCGACAACUAGGAUUCAGAUUGCAAGAAGCCAUAGCAGAGAGCCUAGGCUUAGAGAAAGAGUGCAUAAAGGAUAUAUUGGGGGAACAAGGUCAACAUAUGGCUAUCAACUUUUAUCCUCCAUGUCCACAACCAGAUCUCACUUAUGGGCUUCCGGCCCAUACUGAUCCAAAUUCCCUUACUAUUCUUCUUCAAGACUUGCACGUAUCUGGGCUUCAAGUUCUUAAAGAUGGCAAAUGGUUGGCUGUCAAACCUCAACCAGAUGCCUUUGUCAUUAAUCUCGGUGAUCAAUUGCAGGCAGUGACUAACGGAAGGUACAAAAGCGUAUGGCAUCGAGCUAUUGUAAACUCAGACAAAGCAAGGAUGUCAGUGGCUUCGUUCCUUUGUCCGUGUGAUAGUGCCAAAAUCAGUGCUCCGAAGCUCCUCACUGAAGAUGGAUCUCCAGUUUAUCGGGACUUCACAUAUGCCGAGUAUUACAAGAAGUUCUGGAGCAGGAAUUUAGACCAGGAACACUGUUUGGAACUUUUCCAGAAUUAAAUCUACCAGUACUCCCUCUGUUUCAAUUUGUUUGAACCUAUUUCUUUUUUAGUCCGUGUCAAAAUAAAUGGUCUCUUUCCUAAUUUGAAAACAAAUUCAUUUUAUGAAUGAUUUACAGCCACACAAAUUUUCAAGGCUUAUUUUGAACCACAAGUUUCAAAAGUCUUCCCUCUAUCUUAAAUGUCGUGUCCAGUCAAAUGGGUUCAUAUAAAUUGAAACGGAGGGAGUAGUAUUUUAAAGAGUUCAAAAACACAUCUCAAGUACCACUUUUUCUUGAGUUUCUUACCUGAAUUAUCAGGUGUGAGAGUUUCCUACCUAAAUUAUCACCAACUAGUUUACAAUAGUUUACUUUUCCUACCUCAACUAUCAUGUAGGAAAAGUGAACAACUUAUAGUUGAGGUGUGUCUUGUAAACUAAUUGGUGAUAGUUUAUGUAGAAAACCCUCACACCUGAUAGUUCAGGUAGGAAAUUAAAAAAAAAAUGAUAAUUAAGGAGUGUUUUUUUACCCUUAUCUCUAUUUUAAAACCCACCAUUUUCAUUUGCACUUUUGCAGAGUUGUCAGCAUUUGAAGGACCAAAAAUUCUUGGGCAUACCAAGCCUACUUCUUGAAAAUUUUACCCCUUUUUGUUGUAGUCUCGAGCUAUAGUUAUGGGUUGGGAUUUAGAUUAGGAAGUAAAAAACAAUUAUAUCUUCAUCGAGCAGCUGAUUUACCCAAUUACAUGAGCCCAAUGUCCUGUUUUGCAGGUUAAUGGCAAGUACUAAUAGCAAUUGGCCCCUAGAACUGGACUAGAAAAUAUUGCUGGAAUAAAUAAGAGGAAUAAGUUGUAGUGCUUAUGGUUUUACUUUAUUUGCUUCCAUGAUUUUACUUCCCUCUAUGGAAGUUUGUGUGUAUCCUGUUAAUUAUUAAAGACUGAGUGAACUCCUUCAUCGGAUUGGAACAAUGUGUAUCAUGUUUACUGAUCUUAAUUUAGUGAGGAUAUAUUCAGAAUGUUGGUAUUAAGUUC